UAUGGACCAUAAUUGUGUCUAAAUAAAGAGAUUGAUUGAUUGAAAGAUGUUAAAUAAAUACUUGGCUCCUCUAAAAAUAUUGUGGCCCCUUAAUGGCCCAUCAUAAAAAAAAAAAAAAACCUAGAUCCGCCACUGAUGCACGCAGACAAGAAACCUGGAUGGAAAAGGUAAAGUUUAGUUUUGUGGCAGAGGGUGCAGUUGCCACACUGAAGCCCCGCCUACUUGUGGGCGUGUCUUGUUGCCAUCUCCCUCAUAUUUACAGCCGGGCUGUGAGAGCAGCAGGAGAAACGUUCCAUCCACAGCUGUGCUACACCUUCCUCAUCCUGCAGACAUGGAGCUGAAAGUGACGCUCUCCAACCUCCGCGCGCUCUGAAGCCGCGCGCCUUUCCCGCCCCGACUCUCCCUGACCUGAAGGGGACCGACUGAUUAUUCUAGCAGGCUCCAGAGAGACAGACGAAGGAGGUGGGGGGACUCGAGCAGCAGAGGGGGGACCCACACGGACCGUCGUGACAGCAGAGGCCGUUUCAGGCUCUCUGACCGCCGGAUAGCGGCUGGUUGAGCUCCUCGCCAUCAUGUCGACUCAUGACUCUCCAAUGCGGAGCGGGGCAGAAAUCGACCUGAGCAACCUGAUGGAGCCUACUGGAAUCAUUGAGUUGGUUCAGAUGGUGGGCCAUGGGACCUAUGGGAUGGUAUACAAGGGUCUGGCUCAUCUCCAUGGGCACAAGGUCAUCCACAGAGACAUCAAGGGACAGAACGUCCUGCUGACCGAGAACGCCGAGGUCAAAUUAGUGGACUUUGGUGUUUCAGCCCAGAUGGACAAAACAGUGGGAAAGAGGAACACUUUUAUUGGAACGCCCUAUUGGAUGGCACCAGAAGUUAUCGCCUGCGAAGAAAACCCUUGCAGCAAAUAUGACUGCAAGAGUGAUAUAUGGUCACUGGGGAUCACAGCGAUAGAGAUGGCUGAAGGGGUGCCACCGCUGUCUGACAUGCACCCCAUGAGAGCCCUCUUCCUCAUUCCACGCAAUCCUCCCCCUAAACUAAACGUCAAGUCAAAGUGGUCAAAUAACUUCCAGACGUUCCUAGAAUGUACGCUGAUGAAAAACCAGUGUCAGAGACCCAGCACAGAGCAGGUCCUCCAGCAUCCGUUCAUUAAAGACUUCACUAAUGAGAGGGGGGUCCGCACCGAGCUGAAGGAGCACAUUGACAGCGUUGCAAAGAGAAAAAUUUCACCAGACGUUUCAUGGCCCAGUAGUGGAGAGGAGGACGAUGAAGAUGAAGAUGAAAAAGUUAGCCCUGGAAACGUUCCAGAGUCAACCCUGAGGAAGGACUUCUUGCGCAUCCAGAAUGCCAAAGACAAGCAUUCAAAUGAACCGAGGCACCAACAGCUGGUUCAGCAGCAGAACCAGGAUGCCAACCGCCUGUUUGCUCAGAGACAUCAAUUACUGGAGGAGCAGAGAGAGCAAAAGAAACAGCUAUUCAAGAAACCGCAGCACCAUUUACAGCACAAGAUGGACGGGGAGCGGGUGAACCCCGCUUUUGUGGAUCCGCAGUCGCGCAGAAACGAGGAGAAGUGGCAUUCAGAGAGAGAGCAGGAGUAUAUCCGUAGACAGCUGGAAGAGGAGCAGAGGCAGCUAGAGAUUCUCCAGAAGCAGCUGCUACAGGAACAGGCUUUAUUACUGGAGUACAAGCGUAAACAGGUCGAAGAGCAACGACAGGCAGAGCGUCUUCAGAGGCAGCUCCAGAAUGAGCGAGCCUUCUUGGUGUCUCUGCAGCAGCAGCAGCAGCAGCAGCAGCUGGAGGGAAGGCAAGGAGAAAAGAACCAGCAUUUCCACGUCACAAAAGUCAAUAAGUCUAAUGACAAGCCUUCUUGGGCCAAAGAGGUCCAAGGCCCAUGUAAUCCUAAGAACCCAUCCAGGGCGUCUCCAAACACCUCUUCUCCUGGCCAACUAAAAGCUCAGGCACCACCUAAGUCAACCAGACACGUUAUCCCUAAAACAUUUGUUCCAUCUGAACAGGGUAAAGCCCUGGAUCAGCAGUGCAAAGAAUGUGGGAAACCAGGACAGGGGGGUCAGGGUCCAAGAUGUGUUCACAAGCAGAUUACUGGCAAUGGGCCCAUUAAGGGACCAAUUCAACCAGGACAGGUGGGCCAGAACCCAUCAUGUGUUCAGAAGCAGAUGAAUCCUGGCAAAGGACCCAUUAAGGGACUGAUUCAACCAGGACAGGUGGAGGAGCGAUCCAAGAUGAAUCGGCAAAGCUCGCCGGCGCCACAGCACCACGCGUCCAACCGCAUCUCUGAUCCCUCCCUCCCUCCCCGCUCUGAGUCCUUCAGUAACGGAGGCUUGCAGGCAGCACGCACCCCUCCCGUCCACCGUCCCAUCGAGCCACAGAUGGCUCAUCUCAUUCCCGUUAAAAUCCACUCCGGCUCCAUGUUGGGUUCUCAGUUCCAGCAGGACCAGACGUGCUCACGACUGAGCGAGGGCGUGGCCCCGCCAAAGCCCGAGAUGCCCCGUCAGAACUCGGACCCCACUGCAGACGUCCCGGGACCAUCACUGAGGAUCACAGAUAGGGAGGAACGGGAUCGGGACAGGACUGCUUGGCUUAGAGAGGACGACGUCCCACCCAAGAUCCCUCAGAGGACUAUUUCUAUUUCUCCUGCCCUCAUCAGGAAGAACUCCCCUAACGGAGGCUUUGGUUCGGCCCAUCACACAGGUUCUCAUUACAUUCGGUCCAGUAAUCCCGACCUGAGGCGCUCGGAGCUUUCUCUCGAUGCCAUGCUGCAGGGAACUUCCUCCUCCUCCUCCUCCUCCUCCUCUCCUUCAUCUCAGGGAGGCUCAGUUGAGAGGAGAGGUCAAACGAAGCCGAGCGGAUCUCCUCCUGGAGCCAGCAAGGAUCCUAAAGCCAAACAGGAUGAUGGUCGGGAAUCAGCCAGACCCAGCAGACCUGCAAGCUAUAAGAAAGCCAUAGAUGAGGAUUUAAGUGCCCUGGCUAAGGAGCUCAGAGAACUAAGGGUCGAAGAAGGAACCAGACCUCCGGUCAAG